AUGGAUUCAAUUGGAACGAUUUCAACGUUUUCACAGAUACUUGUAAAUGAAUUCAAAUCGUUUCCUUCGAAACCGAUUGUCAGUUGCUUAGUGGAUAUUUCAAAUGUAUUGUCUGGUGUUGAUAUCAAUGCUGAUUCAGACUUGAAUGUAAAUAGAGUUAUAGAGUAUAUCGAUGGUCAAAUCGACCAAAUGCUACCACUGUUACACUACUUCAAUUUGAAGACCGUACUUGGUAAGCUAAUCAAGAAGAAGAAGCCACAAAAGACAUCACCACCAAAGAAUGAAAUAUUAAAAGAAUCCAUUAGUGAACUUGUAAAGUUAAUGUCUAUUAUACAGAUGAUUGGAAUAAGAGAACAACAAACGGUGGAAUUGGUAGAGGCAUUCGAUAAGUGUGACUCCACUGUGCUUUGGAUCGGACAGGCAACACAACAGCAAUCGACAGAGUGUGGUGGACGUAUUCAAGUCGUUGUCAAACUGAGUGUUGCAGAGGCAACACAACAUCUAGAGUCCAAUGCCGAUCUAAUAGAUGCACCCACCUCUCACUUUAGAAUAGUAAUAGAUAGAGAUAUUGAUUAUCAUUCAUGUAUUUCACCUCACCUAAGUGGUGCAUCUACCAAUUCAUUCAGUGGUAACAAUAGUAAUAAUAAUAAUAACAAUGCUGGUAAUAAUACACUUGAUCUAGAGGAUCAAGAAGAUACCGAUGAAGAUUCAAGUCAACAUAAAUCUGUAUAUCGUGAUGAUAGUAGCAAUAGCAAUAACAAUAGUAAUAAUAGUAUUAGCAAUGGUAAUGGAGUUGGAAGUGAUAGUGGUGCCAAUGGUAAUAAUAAUAGCGAUACUGAUGGAAUUGGAUUGUUUGAUAUCGGGAACAAUGGUGCACCACCGACGACACCGAGCAAAUCGACAACCUCGAGCGAUGCUGCUCUAGAUAGUCUCAAUCUUAGAGCGAGCAAUCGCUCACAGAUUCUAAAGAAUAUGGGCUCGCCUGGAGGCAGCAGGAACAAUGUAUCACCUUCUCACGCCAACAACAAACAUAGUCCAGGUAAAACAGGUGGUAGUAACGGUUCAUUGGAUACCACUCCAUCUAAACUGAACAACAAUAACAAACCAAAUUCGACGACAACAUCAACAUCAUCUACAACAACUACUACAUCAUCAUCAUCAUCAGCAACAGCUAAUAAUAAUAACAAUAGUGGAUCUUCAGCUAUAGCUGCAACUACUUCGCCAAAACAAACAGGUAAGAUGAAUUCACUUUCUUUGAUGACAAUGUCGGCUUCUAGCGAUGGAUUCAUCAAUGAUCCCGCACUCAAUAGAAUAUCGCCACAGAAUACAUGCUUGUCGUUGACCACUGCACUUCAUAUUACAACGGGACGUGUCAUGUCGGCACACGUACAUCUCAGAGAUGCACUGGACAAUCCAGUUCAGACGUCGGUGACCUCUGCUCAUUCCGGACUUGGACCGGUGUCGUCACACCCAAUACAGAUCUACUUGGAGGGUCCGUCUCCAGUGCCCGGACCUCACCCUGCCUACAUCUAUGUGGUUGGUCCAGGCAUUCUGGGUAAGAGAAAACAACGUGUAUCCAUUGCACCUGCACCCAUCACUGAAUCUAACGAUGAUCUACUAGACUUGUUCUCUCAAGAAAAGAAACAAAAGAAUAAUAAUAAUAAGAAUAGCAAUAAGGAUAACAACAACAAUAAUAAUAAUAAUAAUAAUAAUCAGAAUGGUAGUGUUAAUAUUGUAGAACAACAACAACAACAACAACAACAACAACAACAGCAGCAACAAGAACAAGUACAAGCUGUUGUAAAUCAUGAACAACAACAACAACAACAACAGCAACAACAAGAACAAGUACUUCAACACCAAGAGGAGCAUGUACAGCAACAGGAGCAAAUGGCCGAUAGUGUAAAUAUUGAAAAGAAUGGUAUCGCCAAUAUCGAAGGAGAUAAGAAUAUGAUGGAUGAGUAUACUCCUGCUACUCUUAUUUAUGAGCAUAUUUCACCGACUCAGCAGGUUGAAGACUAUGUUGAACCUACUCAGCAUAUAGAGGAGCACCAUGGUGAACAUUCUGUCGAGCAUAUGCAUAUUCAUCAUGAGCAUCACCACCACGUCGACCAGCAUGAGCAUAUUCACGCGGAGCAUCUUCAUCACGACCAUCAAAUGCAACAUCACGAUGCACACGGACAUGAACAACACGAACACAUACACACCGAGCAUCACCAUGAGCAUGAGCAUGGCCACCACGAACACGCUCACCACGAACAUCAUGAGCUUGAACAUGAACAUCAUCCUCACCAUGAGCAUGAACAUGUGUCCCAUCACGAGCAUCAUGCGCAUCACGGACAUAUCGACCACCAGCAACAGCAACACCAUGAACUACACGAACAUCAUCCUCACCACCAUCAUCAUCAUCAUGAGCACCAUGAACAUGAACAACAACACCACCACCACCAUUAUCAUCACGAAGGUGUAGAAGUUGAGGUCGAAGCAACUCUGCCGAUGGACGACGAUUCGCUCACUCAACAUGUUGAACAUCACGAACACAUCGAGCAGCAACACCACCACGAACAACACCAUAUUCAUCAGCAACAUCACCAUCAUCACGAGCAUCACGAGCAUCACGAACACCACGAACACCACGAGCAUCACGAGCAUCAUGAACACAUCGAACAACACCACCACGACCACCAUAUUCAUCAGCAACAUGAACAUCAUGAUAUGAUCACAGAAGACAUCAACAUUGAACCAACGCAGGUUGCUUACGAUUCAAUGGAAGAUACUACUCAUAACCUCGAACAACAACAACAACAGCUACUUCAAAACAUGGAAGUAGUACUGCCAAACAACAACAAUGACCAUUUAGAAGCUACUCAAUUGACCAAAGAUAAUGAUGAUGAUGAUGAUGAUAACUCAACAUCUGCUACACUUCCAACUCUUCCGACUCUUCCAAUUAUUGAAUACCAUCUGUAUAUCCAGCGACUGUCUGGUGAGAUGUCUAAAGUUGAUUGGCACAAUUGGAGUGUGGCUUUGUUGGAAUCUUACAUGGCGGAGGAUCUUCCAUAUUCCUAA